UUUAAAAUAAAUGUUCUCGUCUUAACGUUUAAAGUUGAGAACGGAAGAGAAAAUGUUAAUAAAUUUAAGUAAAUAAAUAAUAAUAAUAAUAAAAAAAAAAUCCGUACAUAAAAUGAGUAUUUCGCUUAGUUCUUUUUUUCUUGGUGUAUUGUUGUAUUUAAGCUGUAGCCGUACGUUUGCCAAGCAUGCAGAAGUUUCGAGUUCACUUAACGAUAGACUUCGACGUGAUGUUGGUUUCAAAAGUUCAAUAAUUAAAUUACUUAGUUUGUUUAGUGAUCCUAUCGAUGAAGAACAUGACGAUCUUGAAAACGAAACUUCCAAAACUCAUGCUUAUGAAUGGGUUGUUCAACUAUCUUCUGAUAAUUUGAAUAUAGCUAAAGAAAUUGGUAAAAAAUACGGUUUUCAGCAUGUGGAAAGGAUAGAAUUACAAGAUAAAGAUUUUAAUUCUGGUGGAGUUUUCAGAUUUUCUCACAGUGAACCUAAGAAAGGUGAGGAAUUACUUGAAGAACCUAAUUUAAAACAUUCUGAAUCUACUGACAAUAGAAUCGAUAAGUUUCGUGAUGAUGAUUUAAAGAGAACAAUUCUAGAAAAUAAACACAAUAUUAAAAAUGAGGAUCGUGUCAUGUAUUUUAAACGGCAAAGAAUACUUAGUAGGGAAAAAAGAUUGCCAAUUAAAAAUAUUUUUAACAUAGAUGAUCCUCAGUUUGGAAAACAAUGGUAUAUUAAUAAUAAGGGUCAAACCUCAGGUCCAUCAUCAUUUGAUGACAGGGUUUUGAAAGUUUGGGAAGAAGGAAUUACUGGACGAGGUGUUAAAGUAUCUAUUUUAGAUGAUGGAAUGGAUCACACGCAUCCAGACCUUAAAGAUAACUAUGAUCAACAAUCUAGCAAAGAUAUUAAUGGACAUGAUGACGAUCCUUUCCCAGACGAUACUGACCCAUACAAUGCUCAUGGAACUAAGUGUGCUGGUACAGUUGCUGCUGUAGCUAAUAACUCAAUAUGUGGUGUUGGAAUUGCUUUUAAUGCAAAGAUAGGUGCUAUUCGAAUGCUAGAUGGUAAAGCAACAGACCUUAUUGAAGCUGAUGCGUUAUCAUAUCAUAGAGAUCACAUUGAUAUUUAUAGUUGUUCUUGGGGUCCAAAAGAUAAUGGAGUUACAUUUGGAAGACCUGGGCCAUUGGGUAGACUGGCUUUAGCACAAGGAGCGAAAGAUGGAAGAAAAGGUAGAGGGUCUUUGUUUGUCUGGGCAACUGGUAAUGGAGGUAUGAAUAAAGAUGACUGUAAUGCUGAUGGCUAUGUUAACAGUAUUUAUACACUUGGUAUCGGUUCUGUCAAUGAACAUGGUGUAUCCACUUAUUAUGGUGAAAAAUGUGCGGCAAUGAUUGCUGUUACAUAUUGCAGUGGAGCUCACUCUGGUAGUAACGGUGAUCCACAAGCCGUAGUUAUUACAACAUAUUUACAUCAUCAAUGCACUGACAGUUUUGUUGGAACAUCUUCAGCAGCUCCGCUUGCAGCAGGAAUUUUCGCUUUGGUGCUUGAAGCAAACCCUUUACUAACCUGGCGCGACAUUCAACAUUUGGUUUUCCAAACUGCUGUUAAAACAAGUCCUAUGGAUUUAGGCUGGGCGGUUAAUGGUUGUGGAAAGCCAUACAAUCACAAAUUUGGUUUUGGACUUCUUGAUGCUUUUGCAUUAGUGAAACAAGCUUUAAAUUGGACUCUAGUAUCACCUCAAAAAAGCUGUCAUUUUAAAUUAAGUUUUGAUAAUGGCUACAUUCCUUCUGGUCAUCACUUUAAACUAAGUUUCACAACAGAUGGCUGUCAAAGCUGCAAAACCAAAAACGAUGAAGGAAAAUGUAAAAACAGUAUAACAAAACUAGAACAUGUUGUAGUUAACGUUACAUUAAAGCAUCGUCGUAGAGGAGACCUGAGCAUUGAUCUAAUUUCACCUGCUGGAACUGUCAGUCAUAUGUUGCACGAACGACCUUAUGACGAUUCUACUACAGGACUUAAAGGAUGGACUUUAAUGACCCUAUUCAAUUGGUGCGAGAAUCCAAAAGGAACUUGGCAAUUGUUGUUUAUUGACAAAAAUGUUAGCAAUUCAUAUGAGCGUAAUGUGCGAGAUCUUGAGGAUGAAUACAUAAAAGAGUUAGAUGAAAAAAAAAAGGAAGGUACAGAUGAAAAAUUUGAAGAAGAAAGUGCCGAUGUAACCCUAGGAGAAGAUAUUUCAAAUGAAAAAAAGACUGUUUGGUCAGGUGGUUUUAGAGAUGCAGCAUAUCAACGCUACCUAGAUAGAAAAGAAACAUACGGUGAUUAUUAUGGUUCUCGAUUUAAACGAUCAGCUGUCGAAGAUGCUGAUAGUUAUAGUAAAAAAAGUGAUGAUGAGACCAACGAUUCAGGAAAUACAGACUCUACCAACGAUACCGACAAUACAGAUACUCCUAACGACACCAACAAUAAUGAGAAUUUAAACAACAGUGAAAUUGCUGGGGUUGUCCAAGAAAUAUCAGUGACUUUUUACGGUACUUAAUGGGUACACAUUCUUGGAAUGCUUUUGAUUGCACUAAUAAGUUGUUGUUAUUUUUAAAAUAAUUGUUUUGGGAAUUUUUUUUUUUUUUACAGUGGUUUUUUUAUUUAAAUGGUAAAUAUCGUUGUUAAUGCAACGUGACACGUUGAACGUGAUUAAGUAAAUCGAUGGAUGCUGUUCUUCUGAUCUUAGUGGUGUAUUUAUUUUUUAAAUUACUUGUACAAUACAUGAAAAAUAUGAAAAUAAUACUAUUUCAUAAUAUGA